AUGGCAUUGCAGUAUGCAGUUCAGUACACCCUGUGCUGUGAUCUGGGAUUCCACGCCAGCCUCGCUCGGACCUUCAGGACGUACCUGUCCGCCGAGUACAACCUGGAAACCUCCCGCCACGAGGGCCUGGACAUCAUCGAGAACGCUGUGGACAACCUGGAUGCGCGGAGUGACAAGCACACCAUCAUGGACAUGUGCAACCAGGUCUUCUGCCCUCCGCUGAAGUUCGAGUUCCAGCCUCACAUGGGGGACGAGGUGUGUCAGGUCAGCGCCCAGCAGCCUGUGCAGACUGAGUUGCUGAUGCGGUACCACCAGCUGCAGUCGCGACUAGCCACCCUCAAGAUAGAGAACGAAGAGGUGCGAAAAACUCUGGAUGCCACAAUGCAGACUUUGCAGGACAUGCUGACGGUGGAAGAUUUUGAUGUUUCAGAUGCCUUCCAGCAUAGCCGCUCCACUGAGUCAGUCAAAUCAGCUGCAUCAGAGACCUACAUGAGCAAAAUAAACAUUGCCAAGAGGAGAGCCAACCAGCAGGAAACCGAAAUGUUCUAUUUUACGAAAUUUAAAGAGUAUUUGAACGGCAGUAACCUCAUCACGAAGCUCCAGGCGAAACACGACUUGCUGAAGCAGACUCUUGGGGAAGGUGAAAGAGCCGAGUGCGGAACAACCAGGCCCCCAUGUCUUCCCCCUAAGCCACAGAAAAUGAGGAGACCUAGGCCUCUCUCAGUCUAUAAUCAUAAACUCUUUAACGGCAAUAUGGAAACGUUCAUUAAGGAUUCAGGACAGGCUAUUCCACUUGUAGUAGAAAGCUGCAUUCGUUACAUCAAUUUAUACGGCCUUCAGCAGCAGGGCAUUUUCCGGGUCCCCGGCUCCCAGGUGGAGGUCAACGACAUCAAGAAUUCGUUUGAGAGAGGUGAAGAUCCCCUUGCUGAUGAUCAAAAUGAACGCGACAUUAAUUCAGUGGCUGGAGUCUUGAAGCUGUAUUUCCGAGGACUGGAAAACCCCCUCUUUCCUAAGGAAAGGUUUCAAGAUUUGAUAUCUACUAUAAAAAUUGAGAACUCCACCGAGAGGGUGCACCAGAUCCAGCAGAUCAUCGUCACUCUGCCCCGGGCUGUCAUUGUUGUCAUGAGAUACCUUUUUGCUUUCCUUAAUCACCUGUCGCAGUACAGCGACGAGAACAUGAUGGAUCCCUACAACCUGGCCAUCUGCUUCGGGCCCACUCUGAUGCACAUUCCCGACGGGCAGGAUCCCGUGUCCUGCCAAGCCCAUGUCAACGAGGUCAUCAAAACCAUCAUCAUUAACCAUGAGGGCAUCUUCCCCAGCCACCGAGAGCUGGAAGGACCUGUCUACGAGAAGUGCAUGACUGGCGGGGAGGAGUACUGUGACAGCCCGCACAGCGAGCCAGGCACCAUCGAUGAGGUUGACCAUGACAACGGCACGGAGCCGCACACCAGUGACGACGAAGUGGAGCAGAUUGAAGCCAUAGCAAAGUUUGACUACAUUGGACGAUCUCCACGAGAGCUCUCCUUUAAGAAAGGGGCCUCGCUCCUCCUGUACCACCGGGCGUCAGAAGACUGGUGGGAAGGGAGACACAACGGCGUGGAUGGCCUCAUACCCCACCAGUACAUCGUGGUGCAGGACAUGGACGACGCGUUCUCCGACAGCCUGAGCCAGAAGGCAGACAGCGAGGCGAGCAGCGGGCCACUGCUGGAUGACAAAGCCUCCUCCAAGAACGACAUCCAGUCUCCCACAGAUCACAUCGUGGACUACGGCUUCGGGGGAGUCAUGGGCCGAGUGAGAUUGAGGUCUGACGGCCAAUCUAUCCCUCGCCGUCGAAGGGGGGGGGACACCCACAGCCCGCCCCGAGGGAUGGGUCCUGGCAUAGACACUCCUCCUCGAGCAGCGGCCUGCCCUAGCAGCCCCCACAAAAUACCUCUAAACAGGGGCAGGAUUGAGAGUCCCGAGAAGCGCAGAAUGGCGACAUUCGGCAGCGCAGGCAGCAUCAAUUUCCCAGACAGGAAGGCCUUGUCUGAUGGGCACCCGCUGAGAUCAACCUGUGGAUCGACUAGACACAGUAGUCUUGGAGAUCAGAAAUCUCUAGAAGCAGAAGCGCUUGCCGAGGACAUCGAGAAGACCAUGAGCACGGCACUGAACGAGCUGAGGGAGCUGGAGAGGCAGAACACGGCCAAACAGGCCCCCGACGUGGUCCUGGACACGCUGGAGCCCAUGAAGAAC